ACUCUUUGACACUGGUCAUACGUUUCUUUUAUUUCUACGUGUUUGCGGUUUGUGUGUGCUUUUAUAGUUCGCAAUUUGGCAUUUUAACAGCUGACCAGUUUAAUGCGCAGGAGUCUUUGUGUAUAACGUGUUGUUUACGUAAAGAUGGUGAAAGUUUUAAAUCAUAGUGACAUGUUUAGAUACUUUAAGAUAUUAUUGUUUGCACUCAUAGUGCUUAGUGUUACAGAUUCAGUGAGGGCAAGAAAAUUGUCGGGUUCUAGACACAGUUAUCCGAAAUCAGGGGGCCUUUCUGGCGGCGGCCAUCAUUAUCCCAGUUCUGGUGGACUUUCUGGAAACAGUCACGGAUAUCCUUCAUCCGGGGGUAGCCAUGGUUAUCCGUCUUCUGGGGGAAGUCAUGGAUAUCCUUCAUCUGGAGGUAGCCACGGAUAUCCAUCAUCUGGUGGGAGUCACGGUUAUCCCGCAUCAGGUGGUUUAUCAGGAUCUGGAAGUCACGGAUAUCCAGCAAACAAAGGGCUAUCAGGAUCAAAUACUGGCCAUACCACCAAUGUACACUACCAUUACAACUACAAUCCACCACAAAGGAUUUCUUAUGCCCCAGCACAUGGUGGCCCUCCAGUGAGUUACCCUGUCUAUCGUGGCGCUCCGCCGACCUACGUUUACCAAUAUAAAGAUUCGGGUAGCAAAUACGGUACGUUGUUGGCCGGUUUGGCACUUCUUAACCUAGGAACUCUUGCAGGCGGACUCUAUGCAAACAGACAUUCCAGUUACAAACCACAGCCUGGCGAAAUUUGUAAAUUCGGAAUUAGAAAAGACAACGGGGAUUACGAAGAGACAAAAAUCGACUGUAAACUAAUAACAAGUUUUAUAUUUGAGGAAGAAGAGAAGAGACAGAGAGGUGUGCAGAAUUCCACCGUCACGACUACAACCGUGACCAAUACCACCAUUGUAAACACUACUAAUUUGGCAGAGGCUCCCCCUCAACCGCCCGUUGCUUUCCCACUUUACACGAUGUUGCCCAAUGGUACAUUAGUACCCGUUAAUGGAACAAUGUUUAAUGUAACCUCGGUGAAUAAUGCAACUAAUGUUAACGACAGUGUGCCCGUGGGCAAUGCAAACAUGUCAACUGUGACGUCAGUGAUGACGACGACAACGAAUACAACGGUAACGAAUGCGCUGGACGUAAAGGGAAAGCCGGUCGACGUCACGCCAACCAUGAAGUGCUAUGUCAUCCGGAAUUCCCCAUCGUCGAACAUGCGUCGCAGUGUCCCUUGCGGCCUGUUGCAAACCUACGCGGACCAAUCAAUAAAGAAGAACUCUGCAUCAAAUCAUCUACCGUCCAUGACAAUUCUGAGUGUAGUUUUUGCUAUUUUUAUCUUGUACUAGUUAUUUAUUACCCUAGAUA